CCAAUCAGAGAUCUGCAUUUGCCCCGCCGAGACGCGUCACGCGCAUGUGCAGUCAGAGCAGUAGCUGGCGGUCUUUUCCCCCCUUCUUUUAAACUUCAACGGCCGACGUCAGAUUGAAGAGACGGGUUUUUUGAUUCUCCAUAUUACAAUGUUGCGGAGGAGGAAGGCAAAAAGACCCCGUGCUUUACCAAUACCUGUUUUAGAUGAGGAGAAUGAGGUCGCCGAGCAGUCUGUGGAUCAGCAAAGUAACCCAGAUGCCUCGUACCCAGACACUGCACCUGCUGCUUGCUGCUCUCUGGACAGUGAAAAAGGACUCCAGGCAGCUGUUGAAGAGUCACCACCAGUGGACAACCUGUUAAAACGAAUAAAAGAAUUAGAGCAAGAACGUGACUUUCUUAGACUCACCCUUGCUUCUGUCUGUGGCAAGGAAAAGCAAAAGAAGAAGAAGAAGAAGAAAGACACUAGUAGUGAGAGUGAUGAGCUAAACUCUUCAUCCUCUUCAUCGUCUUCCUCCCUCCCUUCAUCUUCAUCCGAGGAUGAAAGAUGCAGCAAAAAAAAAAAUCAAAAAAGAAGAGAACCCAAAAAAAGAGGUCAAGAUCUGCUUUCUCCAGUUCUACAGUACGAGCCAAGUGUCCAGAUGAUGUUCUCAAGAGAUACAACAAAGUUCUUCGUGCAUACAAAAAGGAAGGAAGUAGGUCAAGAGCAUUCAUGAAAGUCAGAGUGGACAGAAACACCCUUGCCCUCACUGCAGUUGUGGCCGAGAUUCAAAUUAUCAACCCAGAAUUUUAUCGCUCCAUCCCGCAGUUCCAGCCUCAGCAAGAGAAGCUUUUUGAUUUUGCCCAGAGGUGCUCAGAGGCCUUGACAGCUGAGAUGAAAGGUUCUAUUACCUCAGGAAAAAAGAGUGGGAAACUCCUGCCUAUUAAAUACAAAUUUCGCUAAAGCCUAAUGUUUAUUUCUGGUUUAAUUUGAUUGUUUGGGGUAUUUCAUGCCUUUUAUUUAAUGGUUUUCUUUGUUAAUAUAUAAAGAAAAGUGUUCAAACAUAAGUGAAAUGUUGUGUGACCUAAAGUUUUUUUUUUUUUUAAGGUACUUUUUCUCAAAAUUAAAGUAGUCAAAUUUGGUUGUGUUGUGAACAUU